CUGUGUGUGCAGACGGUGAAACGCGCAUGGUAGUGAGAGGACUCGGCAGUAGGGGGACCUCCUAUCCACCGCAACCCGGGCUUUAAUUCCGUUCACACUGCGAGACCCCAACAGAGUCCACCGCUGAGAUCCACGCACCCUCCACUGUUACGGAUUAAAUGCUUUUACCAGGCUGUUUUCCCGAGAAACUGUGUUUAUCCGCGCCUUGAAACUCUCGAGUGCGACAGACGUCCUGCAUGGAGGACAUGAGGAAAGAAUUAAACACAACGAGGAAAAGGAUGAGUAAAAAGAGAGAAUAAAUCAGUAGGCACAGUGUGUGUGGAUGAGGCUGUGAGAGGGUGCGUGCAUCAGGAUGACGAUGAAAGGCUUGCCCUCCAGCCGUAGCCACCACCACACACUCACACACUGCGACCCGUCCUACGAGUCUUUGACCCUCCGCCACGACAGACGGCCUUAUGUCCUUAACCCAUCCCACACAACUGACCAGGGCUUCUAUGGGUGCCAGUCUGAUCUGGCCAGCAGCACAUUUCCACGCCGGCAUCACGGCUCACAUCAUGAGUUUAAGGAUGAAUGUGCCAUUGUGCCCUAUGUGGGACCGGGGGGCAUAGCCGGGGGAACUGGGGGUGGGUGCGGCCCUUGUGGCUCGGCUGCCAUACCCCCGUCCCUGCUGGAGAAGUUCGACCAGCAGCAACCAGUGAGGAAGGAUGGGUAUCACACUUUGCAAUACAAACGGACGGCGGCGCUGGAGCACCAGCGCAGUGACAGUCCUGGGCGUAUACGCCACCUCGUACACUCUGUCCAAAAGCUGUUCACCAAAUCCCAUUCCCUAGAAGGUCCUGGUCAGCGCAGCCUCAACGGAAAUGACCCCGCCAUCCCAGCUGAUGCAAUGGCAACGGCUGCAUCCCACCCGAAUGUUUCCUCCACGACUAUAGGCACCCUACACAAGCCGUCAAGCAACAAGCGGGGAAAGAGCAAGGAGCGCAGUCGCUCCGAGCCCAAACCUCGUGCACGGACGCCCGGGUCGGGUUACUGGAGCUCAGACGACACUCUGGACAGAGAUAUCUGCCUCUACCACCAGCAUCAACCCUCUGGAGUCAUGACCAUGGGCCGCCAUCCGGACAAAUCCCAGUCCCACUAUUUCUUGGGACAGAGCUACAACACCCUAGGAGGGGGACGCUCGUCCCUGAAGACCUCACGCAGCAACAACGACGUUGGAAGUUGCUCCACAUGCUCCAAUCCCACAGGAGGUGCUCUGACUUUCGGAGGCCCAAUGGCAGUUGACCAGGCUGGGCCGCUCGUCAAGAAGAGCUCCUGGUCCAGCACUCUAACGGUGAGCAGGGCCCGAGAGGUGUACCAGAAGGCCACGGUCAAUAUCGAUAAAGCCCUGGUCAAAGCACAGACCUGCCAGCAGGGACGAACCUGCCAGUUUUUACAGGUUCCUCAGGAUGAGUGGGGUGCCUUCUCUGUGGGUCAGGAUGACGAGAUCCCGUGCAGGAGGAUGAGGAGCGGCAGCUACAUUAAGGCUAUGGCAGAGGAGGACAGUGGAGACUCGGACUGCAGCCCCAAACCUUCACCCAAAGUCCAGGCCCGGAGAGCCAGUUAUCUGAAAGCCACCCAGCCUUCCCUCACCGAGAUGACCACACUCAAGAUCAGUACGGAGUCCCAUUCCCCCAAGCUGCAGAUCCGGAGUCACAGUUACCUGCGAGCGGUGAGUGAGGUUUCAAUCAACCGCAGUUUGGACAGUCUGGACCCGGCCGGUCUGCUGGCCUCACCCAAAUUUCGCUCCCGAAACGAGAGCUACAUGAGGGCCAUGAGCACCAUCAGCCAGGUGAGCGAGGUGGAAGUGAAUGGGCAGAUCGAGGCCGUGUGUGAGAGUGUGUUCGGUGAGAUGGAGUCUCAGGCCGUGGAUGCUCUGGAUCUGCCCGGGUCCGGAUGCUUCCGCAUGAGGAGUCACAGUUACGUGCGGGCCAUCGAAAAGGGCUGCUCGCAGGAGGAAGAGGAGGAGAGAGCGGCACGACAGGCCAUCACACCACCUCGAACUACAACUACUGUUAGAACCAUCCAGAGCAGUACAGUAUCAUCAUGUAUAACCACUUACAAGAAAACUCCACCCCCGGUCCCACCCAGGUCAACACCCACCAGACCAUACAUCUCUAUAACAGCCCAGAGCAGCACAGAAUCGGCGCAGGAUGCCUACAAUGAGCUCACCGGUGCUGGCCCUGCAAACCGGGCCUUAGCAGCGGUCCAGUCGGGCCUCAGCAACUCCACAGAGAGUAUCGAUAGCAUGAAGGCCCUGACGGCAGCCAUUGAGGCAGCGAACGCUCAAGUCCACGGUCCAGCCAGCCAACAUGUGACCAACAGCACCAUUACCAUCACCACAGCAGCCACUAGCGUAACACACAUCUCACAGGACGCUAAGAAAGACGCCCUCAGGAAGUGCCUGUCCAUAGGGAUACAGGUGGACGGUCCUGAGGAAACCAGCCAAUCACAAGUGCACUGCAAGUUUCAGUCUGUCGGCAUUCAAGUAGAGGAGGAGAGUUGCUACCGCAGAGUCACACGCUCUAACAGCGUCACCACUGCCGUUCAAGCUGAUCUUGACCUUCUGGAGGGUCUCGGUGAUGACCAGUUCACACAGACCCACCAGGGACCCAUUGUCCGCCAGCCGUCCAAGGAUGCAGCCACUUCCACUGUCAGCAUCCAGGGCUCUGGGAACCACUACCAUGCCUGUGCCCAGGAUGACUUCACCGACGUGGGCUUCGACCCCUCCAUUCUGCCCCCGCCGGUCCCCUGGAUGGAUGGAGUUAUGGAGGAGGAAUACGCAAGUGGAGUGUCAGGCUCUGUGUGUCCGCAGGACGGACGCUGGUUUCUGAAGCUGCUGCAUGCAGAGGUGGAGAGGAUGGAGGGCUGGUGCCAACAGAUGGAGCAGGAUGAGCGAGAGAACGAGCUACCGGAAGACAUCCUCGGCAAGAUUCGUAGCGCGGUGGGGAGCGCUCAAUUGCUGAUGUCGCAGAAAUUUCAGCAGUUCCGGGAGCUCUGUGAAGAAAACUUGAAUCCCAACGCCCACCCGCGGCCCGUGUCUCAAGAUCUGGCAGGAUUCUGGGAUAUGCUACAGCUGUCAAUUGAGAACAUCAGUCUGAAGUUUGACGAGCUACACCAGCUGAAAGCUAACAACUGGAGAGCGCUGGAGCCUCCUGAGAGAAAAGAGAAGCGCGUGCCCCCUCCAGUACCCAGGAAACCUGGGAAGGGUCCCGUGCUGCUAGUGAGAGACCGGUCUCUGGAGGGAUCCCAGCGGAUGGAGGCUCGUAAGCGGCUGUUAGCGGCUAAACGUGCCGCCGCCUCUCAGCGCCAGAGCUCUGCCACAGAAUGCGCCGACAGCAUCGAAAUAUACAUCCCAGAGGCCCAAACACGAUUAUAAACACUGUCACACUGAAAACCGGGUGCUUAGAAGCCUAAAUAGACACACACACACUCAUCUUCAACCAUAACACAAUAGCACUGAAUGACAAAGGCAGGGUAGCUGUAACAUAAUCACUCCUCUUUUCUUGUGUAAAAGAGAGUUUCUUCACUGUGGGCUUCUACUGUAUUUUACAACUUAAUUUUACUCUCUUCCUCUGUCCUGCCAUUUGUAGCUCCAUUGUUUUAAAUUCCAAAGACUUUAAUAUUACUAUUAGACACUCUAUAUUUAAUUCUUAAAAUAACCUAUAUACAUUCAUGACUAAAACACCACAUAUUAUUAUGUCUGUUAAUAUUACUACCCAAAUAUUGCACACUACUGUAUUAUUUCAUCUGUAGUUUUUGCGGUUACUGUGUAAGAGCCAUAUGUCUUGUGUUCUCAAAGAGGACAUAACUUCUAAAAGGGCAACAUACCGAUCACUUCUAAACAUUAUACCGGCCAAUGUAGCUUUGAUUGCUGUGUAUGUAUGUAUACAUGUGGGUAACAGGCUUUCUGUACAUGUACCACACUCUCUCACGUGUCACCCUGUACCUUGGAGACAGGGCGAGGUUGAUCUGUUCUCAGUAUCAGGGGAAAGCAUGGAAAAACCACCUCUUCUCUUCUUUCUUCUCAUAUUUUUCAACCUCCCACACGGUCAUCCUCUCCCACCCUCUCAAACCAUCCUAUCUCCUUUUUUGUCCACUCUCUAUCUCUCCUCAGCAGUGCCACUCUCCUGUUUUUGACUGACAUAGAUGUCCAUCGUAUCUGACAAAUGUGACACUUUUAUCUGUCACCACUCAACGCGUUCACGCCAUUGACAGAAGCACUGUCAGAACAAACCACUCUUCAUGACUCUGAUUCAUUAGCCAUUCAUAAAUUAGCAAUGUGUCACGUUAUGAAACAUUACAUACGGGCAGUCAGGGAUUUCAUUCAGCAUUAAGCCCCGUUCACACUGACAGCAAUGAAGUGACCCGAAGUCUCUCACAAUUGCAGUGACGUUUUUUUUUUCAGAAUUUCUUGCAAUUGUGUUUUUAUAUCUCAGAGUCUAACAAUAUAUCACCCAAUAUAUCACAAGAUAAUUUAUUUUGUCUAAUUGUGACUACUUAAGGGAUUAGUUCACUUUAAAAUGAAAAUUACCCCAAGCUUUACUCACCCUCAAGCCAUGUAUAUGUGUAUAUGACUUUCUUCUUUCUGAUGAACACAGUCUGAGU